GACUGUUCUCAGCGUAGCGUGUUCUUAUUGAAGUUCAUAAAGCUCCAGAAAUAUAUUCGCAGAAUAGAUAAAUUUUCAUUUUUCAAAAUGCCUGCUGUAGGAAUCGACCUCGGAACCACAUACUCGUGUGUUGGAGUUUUCCAACAUGGAAAAGUAGAAAUUAUAGCAAAUGACCAAGGAAAUCGAACAACACCAAGUUAUGUUGCUUUCAACGACACUGAGCGACUUAUUGGAGACGCCGCAAAAAAUCAAGUAGCAAUGAAUCCAACCAACAGUGUUUUCGACGCCAAAAGACUCAUUGGCCGAAAAUUUGACGAUGCAACCGUACAAAGUGACAUGAAACACUGGCCUUUCAAAGUUGUGAGCGAAGAAGGUAAACCUAAAAUCAAUGUAGAAUACAAAGGCGAGCAAAAGAAUUUUUUCCCCGAGGAAAUCAGUUCAAUGGUUUUGACAAAAAUGAAAGAAACUGCUGAAGCGUACCUAGGAACGCCAAUUAAAGACGUGGUUAUUACAGUGCCAGCAUAUUUCAACGAUUCUCAACGCCAAGCUACAAAAGACGCUGGAACUAUUGCUGGUUUGAAUGUUUUGAGAAUUAUCAACGAGCCUACAGCUGCAGCCAUCGCUUACGGUCUCGACAAAAAAUCGGGAUCAGAACGAAGUGUAUUAAUUUUUGAUUUGGGAGGUGGCACUUUUGAUGUCAGCGUUCUAACUAUUGAUGACGGCAUCUUUGAAGUGAAAUCCACCAGAGGAGAUACUCAUCUAGGAGGAGAAGAUUUUGAUAAUCGGAUGGUUAACCACUUUAUUCAAGAAUUCGAACGGAAAUUCAAGAAAGAUCCUUCUGGAAACAAACGAGCGUUACGUCGUCUUCGCACUGCUUGUGAACGAGCAAAGCGUACACUCUCAUCUUCAACACAGGCAAAUAUUGAAAUCGAUUCACUUUUCGAAGGAGUUGAUUUCUACAGUUCAAUUACUAGGGCAAGAUUUGAAGAACUUUGCUCUGAUCUCUUUCGAGCAACAACUGAGCCUGUUGAACAAGCUUUGCGUGAUGCAAAAAUUGACAAAAGCAAAAUCGAUGAAAUUGUCCUUGUUGGAGGCUCGACUAGAAUACCAAAGGUUCAAAAACUUCUUCAAGACUUUUUCAAUGGAAAAGAACUCAAUAAAUCUAUAAAUCCAGACGAAGCAGUUGCAUACGGAGCCGCUGUGCAAGCAGCUAUCCUGUCAGGCGACAAAUCGGAUGAAGUCAAAGACCUCCUUCUGCUUGAUGUAGCGCCUUUGUCACUCGGAAUUGAAACAGCGGGUGGAGUAAUGACAACUUUGAUUAAACGCAACACCACAAUUCCAUCUAAACAAACCCAAGUAUUCACGACUUACGCAAAUAACCAACCAGGCGUUUUGAUUCAAGUUUAUGAAGGCGAACGUGCAAUGACUAAAGACAACAACUUAUUAGGAAAGUUUGAUCUUACUGGCAUACCUCCAGCUCCGAGAGGCGUUCCGCAAAUUGAAGUAACCUUCGACAUAGAUGCAAAUGGUAUUAUGAACGUGUCUGCUGCUGAUAAAAGUACCGGCGAGAACAAAAUCACAAUUACAAAUGACAAAGGUCGCUUGAGUAAAGAAGAGAUUGAGAAAAUGGUGAACGACGCAGAAAAAUACAAAGAAGCAGAUGACCGAGAGAGGGAUCGUAUACAAGCAAAGAAUGGGCUCGAAUCCCACACCUAUAAUGUGAAAGCCUCAGUCGAAGAUGAGAAUCAAGACAAAAUUUCUGAAGAUGACAAAAAGACUAUUCUCAACAAAUGUAACGAAAUAAUCACAUGGCUUGACAAUAAUCAGACGGCGGAGAGAGAUGAAUAUGAAUACCAGCAAAAGGAGCUAGAAAAAGUUACCAAACCUAUAUUAACAAAAUUGCAUCAGGCCGGAGGCCCAUCAACUGGAGGUGUUCCACCACAAGCAACCGCAGGCCAGUCAAAUACUGGUGGUCCAACCAUAGAAGAAGUUGAAUAAAAUGUCCUAGUUGUUGGUGUCUCUAAACAAACUGUAUAUAAUAGUUGAAAUUCUGUCGCCUAGUAAACCUAGUAAGCAUGCUUUUUUUGAUAAUUUUCUUUGUGAUUUUCACUAUUUUUUUUAUUCGAGUAUUUUUAAUUUAAACGGAUUAAUUUGGCAUGGUGCUUUUUCAUGUUUAUGUUUUAACAAGUUUUCGUAUCAAA